GCGUCCCCAGGGAGGGAGCUCGGGCUCGGGGCUGUGAAAGGCUCAUUUAUCCAGCGCGCUGCUGCGGGGCGCUGCAGACACUGACUAAUCCCCCCGCUCCGGCUCGCUCCGCUCCCAGCCAGCCCGGCCCCGCGCCCCCGGCAGCCCGCACCAUGCGCUCUCCGCCCGCCGCCGCCGCCGCCUCGCUGCUCCUGGCCGCGCUGCUGCUGGUGGCGCCGCCGCUCGGGGAGUCCGAGAGCCCAAAGGGGAAGCACAAGCCGCUGCGCCAGAGGGAGGUGGUGGACUUGUACAAUGGAAUGUGUUUACAAGGACCUGGUGGUGUUCCUGGACGAGAUGGAAACCCUGGCAUCAAUGGAAUUCCUGGGACACCUGGAAUCCCCGGUCGGGAUGGGUUGAAAGGAGAAAAAGGAGAAUGUAUGCGAGAAAGCAUUGAGGAGUCUUGGACACCCAACUUUAAACAGUGUUCAUGGAGUGCGCUGAAUUAUGGCAUAGAUCUUGGGAAAAUUGCAGAAUGUACAUUCACAAAGAUGCGCUCUAACAGUGCUCUAAGAGUUCUCUUCAGUGGAUCACUUCGACUCAAAUGCAAAAAUGCAUGCUGCCAGCGGUGGUAUUUUACAUUUAAUGGAGCCGAAUGCUCUGGGCCACUUCCUAUUGAAGCCAUAAUUUAUUUAGACCAAGGAAGCCCAGAGCUGAAUUCAACUAUUAAUAUACAUCGCACUUCUUCAGUGGAAGGACUGUGUGAAGGAAUCAGCGCUGGGUUGGUGGAUGUUGCUAUUUGGGUUGGUACUUGUGCAGAUUACCCAAGAGGUGAUGCUUCUACUGGAUGGAAUUCUGUCUCUCGUAUCAUCAUUGAAGAGCUGCCGAAAUAGAAGUUUUUUCUAAACCUCCUUAUAACCCAUCGUUCCCAAGCCCCCCUAUCAAUUUUUUAUACACAUUUUGUACAAUUAACUUUGAAAUUGAAUAUUUCUGUAGAGCUUUGUAAGCAUCUGGCCAGAAUACACAGACUUGCUUACAAGCACCCUAGUUGAGUUUUUCCAGCUGAACUGUUUAACAGGUAGGCACAUCACUGUUAAGCAUACCUGGCAAGUUCUUCUACAAUAUAUGUUUAGAAUAUUAGAAACAAGUUUGUCCAGUUGUUUUAUUAUAAUUUGGACUGAAUAUUUAUCACCUUUGUAAA